ACCAUUUCUCUACCUUCAGGUUUCUGGAGUUUGGCAGAAGAUGGAGAUGUUUCUGGAGAAGCAGCAAGGCAACCGGCUUUUCCAGAUACCCUACCCAUAAUGACUACUAGUGUCUUCCCUGUUGCCGGUGCCUGCCACAGUACAGAAGGCCUGCAGCAACAACGGGGUGCCUCCCCAUCUCGGGAGAGAAAACCCACGGGGGUGUCGGUGAUCUACUGGGAGAGGCUCCUCCUAGGCUCAGACAGCGGGCAAGCCAGCAUCAGCCUGCGACUGACGUCCCCACUCAGGACUCCUGAGAUUGGCCAGCUUAGGGAAGAGACCCUCACAGAGCACCCGGUGCCUGGGAGGCAGCCUAGGACGCCUCAGCAGCAGAAGCCAUGUGCGCUGGAGGCCCCUGGGAGACCCUUCGGGAACGCCCCGGACGUGGAGGCCGCCAGCGGUCAGGGGAAUCACGGAAUGGGUUCAGCUUGGCAGGAGCCUCAGAGACUGCUCGGUGGCCAGGAGCCUUCGACCUGGGAUGAGCUGGGCGAGGCUCUCCACGCUGGGGAAAAGUCCUUCGAAUGCAGGGCGUGCAGCAAAGUGUUCGUGAAGAGCUCCGACCUCCUCAAGCACCUACGCACCCACACAGGGGAGCGGCCCUACGAGUGCUCCCAGUGCGGCAAGGCCUUCAGCCAGACGUCGCACCUGACGCAGCACCAGCGCAUCCACAGCGGCGAGACGCCCUACACCUGCCCCGCGUGUGGCAAGGCCUUCAGGCACAGCUCCUCACUGGUGCGGCACCAGCGCAUCCACACGGCUGAGAAGUCCUUCCGCUGCUCCGAGUGCGGCAAGGCCUUCAGCCACGGCUCCAACCUCAGCCAGCACCGCAAGAUACACGCGGGCGGACGUCCCUAUGCCUGUGCACAGUGUGGCCGCCGCUUCUGCCGCAACUCGCACCUGAUCCAGCACGAGCGCACCCAUACAGGCGAGAAGCCCUUUGUGUGUGCACUCUGCGGUGCCGCCUUCAGCCAGGGGUCCUCGCUGUUUAAGCACCAGCGUGUGCACACGGGCGAGAAGCCCUUCGCCUGCGCACAGUGCGGCCGUGCCUUUAGCCACAGCUCCAACCUGACCCAGCACCAGCUCCUGCACACAGGCGAGCGGCCCUUCCGCUGCGGGGACUGUGGCAAGGCCUUCGCGAAGGGCGCUGUGCUGCUGAGCCACCGGCGCAUUCACACGGGCGAGAAGCCCUUCGUGUGCACGCAGUGUGGUCGGGCCUUCCGUGAGCGCCCGGCCCUCUUCCACCACCAGAGGAUACAUACCGGUGAGAAGACCGUCCGGCGAUCCAGGGCCAGCCUGCAGCCCCAGGCCAGGUCUGUUUCUGGGGCAUCAACAGAAGGUGCGCCAGUGAAGGAAAGCGAGCCCACUCCCGCCUUGGGCCCAGCCGCAGUUUCGGAGCCAGCGGAGGUCUGAGGUCACAGGUUGCAGCCUCACCCUUUCUUGGCCCUCUGUGAAUCCCUUCCACAUCUAAAGGGCAUAUGUCCUCUGCAGAUCCACAGCAGGGAAAAAGCCUUGUACUUGCUAGGCAGGGAUAAGGGAGCCCCUUUGGCUGUGAUUUCAUUAGCACUUGGGGACUGAAUUUGCCAGUAUCUGCAUCCCCAAAGAAGUAGCACUGUAGAAACAUCAGCGGGAGGACAUGGUGGCUGAAACUCUAGUUGGGCCGGGACUAUUCAGAGCCAGUAGGAGGCUGACAGUCACAGCACUGCAAUGUGGUACUGCUUCAUGUGUUACAACAGUGGAUGCUAAGGUGAGGGACAUGUGGACAUAGGUUGUGUGACCCAGAGAAACUUAUCUGCACACAAACUAGCUGCUGGAUAGAUGCUGAGGGCAUUCUCCUCCCCCUGUCCCCACCCGUUACCACUGCCACUGUUCAUCCAAGGCUUCCUAGGGGCCAGCCUAGCAGACAGGAGACCACAAGUGAUGGGAUCAGGAUGUGGGCUCAUAGUGUCAGCCACCGCCUCUGGGAAAAAGGUUUGGGUCUACCAAACAUCAUGUUUUCAGAUACUGACAGGUGGAGUCCUAAUGAGAGCCAACAUGUGCUUACUGUCGGCUCCUGUCUUAAGUGCUGGGAAAUUUCUCUUGAAGCCCUGAGAGAUGGCUGCUGUGGCUGGUAUCACCCCUUGGAAGAUGAGGAAACUGAGGCACACAGGCAGAGGUGAGUUGCCAUGGCACACAGCAGAGCUGGGACCCAAGCCCAGGUGGACUGACCCAGCGUCCAGAUACCUCAUCUCCUGGGCUGCACUCUGGCCAGGUAUGAGGGCCUGUCCUGGCUUCACACACACAGCCAACUCAGCAUAGGGAUGCCCAUGGGGGAACAUGUGGCUCUCAGCAUUAGAAGGACAGAGCUAGGAUGAUGGCUUUCCAGUGGCACUUGCUCAGGUUUUGGUCCAAGUCCCAGCUUGGCCAAGGCCUGUCACUGACUUGUUUACUAAAAUUGAUGUGAUGAGGAGCCUUUACUUCUGAGGGGACAAUGUUAACUUCAGACAAGAUGGAGCUGCUCAUUUUUGCUGGGUUUGGUGGCCACUUCCCCCCCCACACCCCGUCUCACCUUACCCCCAUUAUCCCUCCUCAGUUGGAGGCCGGACAGAGAACUGAAUAGGAACGACUUGCCAUUACCUAAGGCCGUGUGUGACAUCCUCCUGAUGACCUCCCCACCCCAGUGUAAUGGCCCUGCAUGGCAGGAACAGAAAGGUGGACUGGGGGCCAUUUGCUUCCUGUGGCCUUCAGCAGACCAGGCCCUGUCCCUACCUGGAGCCUCACCUCCAAGGAAAUUCAAGGUCUCUUUAAUGAAAAAAAAAAAAAAAAAAAAAAAA